AUGAAAUGUACUUUGUUUAAUGUUUCAGGUCACAAGCUGAGCCAACAUCAGACAUCACAAGCUCAGCCAACAUCAGACAUCACAAGCUCAGCCAACAUCAGACAUCACAAGCUCAGCCAACAUCAGACAUCACAAGCUCAGCCAACAUCAGACAUCACAAGCUCAGCCAACAUCAGACAUCACAAGCUCAGCCAACAUCAGACAUCACAAGCUCAGCCAACAUCAGACAUCACAAGCUCAGCCAACAUCAGACAUCACAAGCUCAGCCAACAUCAGACAUCACAAGCUCAGCCAACAUCAGACAUCACAAGCUCAGCCAACAUCAGACAUCACAAGCUCAGCCAACAUCAGACAUCACAAGCUCAGCCAACAUCAGACAUCACAAGCUCAGCCAACAUCAGACAUCACAAGCUCAGCCAACAUCAGACAUCACAAGCUCAGCCAACUUCAGACAUCACAAGCUCAGCCAACAUCAGACAUCACAAGCUCAGCCAACAUCAGACAUCACAAGCUCAGCCAACAUCAGACAUCACAAGCUCAGCCAACAUCAGACAUCACAAGCUCAGCCAACAUCAGACAUCACAAGCUCAGCCAACUUCAGACAUCACAAGCUCAGCCAACUUCAGACAUCACAAGCUCAGCCAACAUCAGACAUCACAAGCUCAGCCAACAUCAGACAUCACAAGCUCAGCCAACAUCAGACAUCACAAGCUCAGCCAACAUCAGACAUCACAAGCUCAGCCAGCAUCAGACAUCACAAGCUCAGCCAACUUCAGACAUCACAAGCUCAGCCAACAUCAGACAUCACAAGUUCAGCCAAAAACUGAGACAACAAAUGGUUGCCUCAUAUGUCACUAUAAAGCUAGGUCAAUGAUUACAGAAAGUAAAAUUCUAAACAUGGAUGAAACACAAAGCGAACCUGUCUUUAUACCAGCAUGAAACUGAGAUCUGCUA